GCUUCUCAUCACACCAAAAUCAUAUCUCCUCCUCCUAUAAACCCUUCUUCUACUCAUCUUUCUCUUUGUUUUUCGGAAACAACGUUAAGAAUGGGAGUUUGGGCGCUUCCAAAGGCGAUCGCGAUCAAGUCACAGGACUUCAAAGACAGAGGCCACAUUUACCGCAGGGACAACAAUGGCGCCAUAGCCCUCGGAGAAGCGGACGUUUUCAGCACGAAGGCUCGUAUCGAAGUAGAACAUGCCAAGACGGACAGCAAGUACGUUAACCUCCGAUUCUCGUACACCAACCGGUACAUGCACCGCACAUCCGACGGGAGCUGGGCCAUGGCGGCCGUCUCCACCAAACCCCAGGAAGACUUGUCUGACCCUUUCUGCACAUUGUUUGAGCCAAUUAAGGUUGACGGCGACAUCUUCUACUUAAUUCACGCUCAGAGUGGAGGCCGCCUCGUGAUAGACAGUGCAAGCUUCCUCUUCUUCGUCGAGUUCGACUUGACCAGCACCACUCGAGGCUAUCUCUCUGCAGUCGAUUUUGAUUCACUAGUCCGCCUUCCCGUCCGCGGCAACCUCGCCUUCAUCGGAGAUAACGGGAAAUACCUCAAGGCCUUCACUUGGUUCAACAACUACUUCCAGCUCUCGUCCGACAUCCCCAACGACACCCUUUCGCGCCACCAGGUAUCGGAGGUGGCCGACGGCCAUGUCCGUCUGACAUCUAUCCACUGGAGCGUGCUGUGGAGUCUCGCCACCUCCGGCUGGAUAUUCGGCAACACCACGGAUUUAUCCAACCCCAACACUCUCUUCUGGCCUAUCAAAAUCAAUGCAAACACCAUCGCCCUUCGUGCAGCCGACGGCAAAUUCUGCCAGCGUCGCGUCACCAGCAACCUCGCUAAUGGAAGCAUCGGAACCGAGGACACCUCUCUGACGAAAGAAGCCGAGUUGCAGGUGGAGGAAUUGGUGACGAAGAGUUUGGUGAAUAACGUCAGAUACCAGAGCGAGUACGGGCGCGUAUUCAACGAGACACCUCACACGGGAUGGUCGUCCACGGUGGUCAACAGCCAGGACGUGGAUGUAACCUUUUCGCUCUCGUUCACGUAUCAGGACACGAAGGAAUACACCUUCGCCCGCAGCUAUACGCUGGAAACAGGGGUGCCCACGGUGUUCGACGCGGCGCUUCCCUUCGUCGGCCCAAACGGCUCCAUCGAUGAGGCGGCUGCUAAGAUAAAUGCGGAGCUGCAGUGGAACGCUGUGAACUCAAUGACCAGGACAGUUACAGGUAAGGGUUCGGUUACGGUGCCGGCGAAGAGCAGUGUUGUGAUUAGCUAUGUCGGAAAAAGAGGAAGCUGCAAUGUUCCCUUCAAGUAUACUCAGGUGGACAGUGUGUACAACGCCCCAAUUGGAUCACCACCGGUUGAUGUUGAAUCUGAAGGAAUUGAUGGUCUUUACACUGCCACCAAUUUAUAUGGUUUCGAAUUGGUGAUCGAGACAAUUCAAGCUAUCUGAGAACACAAAGCCGAGGGUUUUUUUCAUCAGCUUCUUCUAAGUUGGUUUUUUCCCUCACUAUAUUUGUAUCAAUAAAUUGUGUCUCUCUUGUAUCCAUUGUUAUCAAUAAAACGUGUUUCCAAGAUUGUUAUA